GGAAAAUUUUCAUCUUCAAUGAUAAUGUGAUUAUAUUGAUUAAUCUGGUUAACCAAUUAACCAAACCGAUUAAACUUUAGUUUGGUUAAUUUGGUUGUUGUAUUAGUUUGGACGGUUUGGUUAUGAUAUUGUAUUCCAUGGUUAAUAGAAUUUAGCUUUAUUUGAUUUGGUUAUAACCAUGGUAACGAUUUGAACACCCCUACCGUUUUUCUUGCGCUGGAGUGUAUUGGCUCUGGGAUCAAUUUAUGCAGAAGGAAAAGAAACCGUUGAAUAUGCUGCUACCAUAAAUGGGCAGACUGAAAAUGAGUAUGGGUUGUAGAGUGGCCUAGAAACUGCAGCCUGACGCCUGACUACAGGUUAUGGAGUUGUAGUACACAAGCUGCAACUAGGGAAGGCAGCCACGUUUGUUUGUAACACUUUUUUUUUUUUUUUUUCAUUCUUGUUCUUACUUACCUACUUAUUCCUUAUCUACAUCCCUCCUCGCUUUGUCAUUAUCAAACUCCAUCAAUGAAGAUGAGAAGAGUGAAGAAGAUGAUGACAUAGACAGCUCCAGUUGCAGCACCAGGGAAAGAAAUACAGAGUUACAAAUGAAGAAGAAAAGGGUAGACGAAGCAGUAUCGAACUCUGACCAAUUCGUCGCCGUUGGGAAGAAGGAAAAAAGGAUGAAAUAAGUGCCCUGUUGUGUCAAUUGGUGUUAUUUUUCAGAGUUUUUUUAGUAGAGUUGAUUUUAAUUUGAUUCGAGAAUAUAUUCAAUUUGUACAUCCGUCUCAUAUCGGGAUAACUCGCCCAAACAGGAAAAAUGAGGUGAUUUGAGUGGGUAUCAAUCCAUGGCUUAAUUUGUGUUUUCAUUCUUAAGUAAUUUCAUGUUUGAUAGUUUCCACAUUUUAUUUCACAAACGAUAUUUUAUCGCAUUGAUACAAUUAAACCACCAUUUACAUAUUUGAUAUGAUUUCAAAUUUAAGGGGAGAGCUAUAGCCCCCCUCCUACCUUCAACCUAACUCCUCCACUGCUAUGUUGUUUUACGUAUGUGUCCAACCAGACGACGACUUCACCUGGGUACGUGCAUAGAUGCACAAUGACAGAAGUCAAGAUGGUAAUGUUACAGUGCUUUCUUAGAAAAUUGAUGGAUCGACCAUAUUGUCGAGCUAUUGUACCCUAGUCGGGCCAUAUUCCAUAUAUGUUAUAUUCCCCCUAUGUCUUCAUCCACGAUAAAAAUGCCAGACACAAGCCCACAAAGACUUGCGAGUUUUGGCGUUGCCCUUUUGUGUGGCUUUCUAGCUGUGGUUUCAGGAGUACUAUUAUGUAACAACUGGUACUGCAUCCCUUUGUUGUGUGGUUUGAAUGAAUCAUCCCUUUAUCCUCGUACAAACGUCAUCAACAUUGAUUGUUGUAAGUUUCUCACCAUGUGGAUUGUACUCACCUUUCAAGUAAAUGCAUACGCUUAACAUUCAUCGUCCCUGUUAAGCUUAUGCAUUUACUUUAAUGUAAGUCUCGGUAUAUGUCUAGCUUGAAAAUUGCAAAAUUCUACAAUAUUGUUAAUAUUCAGGCUCAUGUACGGACAUGGAAAUUGGAAUCAAUGCCUACCACUAGGUUUGGAUUUCUAGUAUUUUUUUUAGCCAGUUCCACCAUUCGCAAUCCCAGAGGAGGGAGCUUGUUGUUCGAUUAGGACGAGGAGCCCAGAGCAGGGAGAAAGACAGGGAGCUUGAAAUCUCGUUCAUGUUCCAUAGAUCUUGCGACGAGGUGCUUGUUGUUCGGUCGAGAAGGGAAGAUCAGGAUGACAAAUGUCGCCAAAGGAAAGCAGCAACGACGGUGCGAGAGAGGGUUGUCAGUGUUGGAGAAAGACGAUAAGAAUGGCCGAUAAUGUCUUUUUGGAUUUUUCAUUAAUUAAUUGUUUAUUUAUUAUUAAUUUUAAAUUGCCACAUCAGGCAUUUAACGGUCAACUAUUAGAGUUGACUGCCACAUCAUAUAAAGUUAACGGAGAGCGACUAAACUUAAACCGUUUUACUAAUUCGAAUGAUCAAAAUUGAUAUUAAUUUUUUCCAGUGACUAAACAUGAUACAUUUUAGUAAACCCAGCUAUAAUCAAGGCAUUUACCCCAAAUUUUAAGUGAAAACCUUAUUCAAACCAUAAGGAAAAGAGGAUGAAAACGGGUCCAACUGAAAAACAGAAGAGUAAAAGCCAAUAACCUCAUAUUGCCCUUCAGUUACCAGAGCUACUUGGGCUUUAGCUAUUGAUCCGGCCUAUUGGGCUAAUAAUGGCUCUAAUUAAGGCCUAAAACUACAGAGACAUGUUGAACAAAAGCCCAUGGGUUUGCAAAAUAACGAAAUGGCCCACCGGCUGUGCAACCACCUCUGGCGCCAGUCACUACCGCCGCCGCUGCCGUCUUCGUAUGCUUCUUCUUCUUCCUCCUCCUCCCUCUUCCCGUCGCAAACUCUCGUCUUCAACAAACGUAUCCCAUGAUCGCGCCAUUCCCAAUUUUCCAUCUCACCGGCGCCUGGUCAUUCGGGCUCUGCUCAUUAUCCGAUAUAUAAAAUAAUCUUAUCAAAGUUUUCCCGCCAUGUCUUUCUCUUCAACUCCAGCUCGACUAACGCUGCUCGCUCUCCUGUCCGCCACCACUGUGUACUGCUUCUACAGGUCUCGCCGUCUCAAGCUACUCAAGCUCUCCACAAACGCUAACCCUAAUCCCCAUUCCAAUGGCCAACCUGCGGUUUCGAUCAAGAGAGGGAAGCUCUUCUUCGUCUCCCAAACCGGGACUUCCAAAACCCUAGCUCGCCAGCUCCACGAUCUCUUGAACUCGACCGGGCUCUCGUUCGAACUCGUCGACGUGAAGAGCUACGAGCCGGAGGAUCUAGCUAAGGAGAGUCUGGUUCUGAUUAUUGCUUCCACUUGGGAAGACGGGAAGCCGCCGGCGGAUGCCGAAUUCUUUGCUAAUUGGCUCGCGGAGAGCGCCGAUGAUUUCAGAGUCGGCUCGCUGCUGCUUUCGAAAUGCAGAUUCGCGGUGUUUGGAGUUGGAAGCAGGGGUUAUGGAGAUUCCUUCAAUGCGGUGGCUAGAGAUUUCAGCAGACGGUUGAGAGGAUUGGGCGGCAUUGAGAUUUUGCCGAUUGGGGAAGGUGAUGUUGAUGGCGGGGAGCUGGAUGGUGUUUUUGAGGAAUGGAGCAGGGAGAUUGUUAAGGCAUUGAAGGUGAGUGGGUUGGAGAAUGAGAUCAGUGUUGAGCAGAGCUUAAAUGGUGGUAUUGGUGAUGAAUUCUACAGCGACGAAGAUGAUGAUAAUGAGGAUGACAUGGAAUCGGUGGUCGUUGAUUUAGAGGAUAUAGCAGGGAAAGCCCCAUCUAGGAAAUUAGGUGGUGCAACUACUGAAACUAAUGGGAAACUUAGAAAUGGUCCUAAAGAAAUGGUGACCCCUGUGAUUAGAGCAAACUUAGAAAAACAGGGUUACAAAAUCCUUGGCUCGCAUAGUGGUGUUAAGAUCUGUAGAUGGACUAAAUCUCAGCUUAGAGGUCGUGGAGGUUGCUACAAGCAUUCCUUCUAUGGGAUAGAGAGUCAUAGGUGUAUGGAGGCGACUCCAAGUUUGGCUUGCGCCAACAAGUGUGUUUUCUGUUGGAGGCACCACACAAAUCCCGUAGGAAAGAGCUGGCAGUGGAAAAUGGACGAUGCCUUGGAAAUUGUUAAUUCUGCGUUAGAUCAGCAUAAAAAGAUGAUCAAGCAAAUGAAAGGAGUUCCUGGUGUUACCCAGGAACGAUUAGCUGAAGGUCUCUCCCCUAGACAUUGUGCUUUAUCACUAGUUGGUGAACCUAUAAUGUACCCGGAGAUUAACACACUUGUUGAUGAACUACAUACUAGGAGAAUAUCAACUUUCCUAGUUACAAAUGCCCAGUUCCCGGACAAAAUAAAAAUGCUCAAACCUAUCACUCAGUUAUAUGUAAGUGUAGAUGCUGCAACAAAGGAAAGUCUGAAAGCAGUUGAUAGACCACUCUUUGGAGACUUCUGGGAGCGGUUCACAGAUUCAUUGACAGCUCUGAGGGAUAAACAUCAACGAACUGUGUACCGUUUGACACUUGUAAAAGGGUGGAACACAGAGGAGUUAGAUGCUUAUUUUGAGCUAUUCAGCCUCGGGCAACCUGAUUUUGUCGAAAUCAAAGGAGUCACUUACUGUGGAUCGUCAGCAACAUCGAAAUUGACGAUGGAGAAUGUGCCGUGGCAUGCUGAUGUGAAGGCCUUCUCAGAGGCAAUAGCGCUGAAGAGCAAAGGGGAGUAUGAAGUCGCUUGUGAGCACGCCCACUCAUGCUGUGUCCUGCUGGCGAAAACUGACAAGUUCAAAGUGAAUGGCCAGUGGUUUACAUGGAUAGACUAUGAGAAGUUCCACGAUCUGGUUGCGUCUGGGAAAUCCUUUGACAGUACGGAUUAUAUGGCUGCAACACCUUUGUGGGCUGUGUAUGGAGCUGAAGAAGGAGGGUUUGACCCUGAUCAAGCUCGAUAUAGGAAAGAGCGGAAUCAUAGACCAAAGCCCUGAGUCCUGACUGAUCAGGUUUGAGAGUCGGGUCCCUGCUUUUUAUAUCUUUGUCCUUCGGUCAGCUAAACUUUAACAGAACUACAAACUGAGCCAGGAAGCAAACAGGGGACUCGAACAAGCCGUUAUGGCAGUGAGUUGAGUCAAGAUUGAAUGAUUAGAAAUAUACAACAUCCUGUUUU